UAUGCAGUUAAAUGCAGUCUUAUCUCAUAGGUGACAUUUUAUAUAUGUAUAUACAGAACGCGUAUGAUGGGAUUGUCAUUUUAUUAUGUGAUAUAAGAUUCAUGCAUUACAUAACAUGAGCUAUAUUGCAGUACAUAAGAACGAUAAUAAAGCCCUUGCAAUAUUUCUUUUGAUCUCUUACGGAUAAAAUAAUCAUAACAUAUAACCUCAAAUAAUAUGAUGAUAUCGCGAGUCCUGUCUAUCAGUAUCAAUUUUCAAUGCUCUUAUCAUUAACAUAAAAACAUAUACCUUUAUACAUUUAAUUGCAAUAUUAAAUUGAUAAGAGAAGAAGGCGCACCUAUACAGCAUAAUCUGAAAAAAUUCAUCUUAAACUGAUUUAAAUCAACGACGAAGUUUGACGUAUAUCAGGUUGCAAAUUAUCGAAAAAUCAAACGAAAAUUUGCCGUUAAAACACCAUGAAAAUUAAUGAGAAAAACAUGGUGGCAUUUGCAACCUCUGCAACACCGGUGGACCGUGAAGGCUGGUUGAAUAAACGCGGCGAAAUGAAUCGUGGAUAUCAAAGGCGAUGGUUUGUUCUUAAAGGAAAUAUAUUAUUCUAUUUCGACCGUCGCGGUGACAAAGAGCCGGUGGGCAUGAUCGUGCUCGAAGGUUGUACAAUCGAGCUAGCGGAGGAUGAAGAGCAGUUUGGCUUCAAAAUAGUUUUUCAUGGACCAAACAACAGAAGUUAUGCCUUGGCAGCAGAAUCUCAGGAAUCUAUGGAACAAUGGAUGAAGGCAUUGGCAUGCGCCAGUUAUGAUUACAUGAAGCUUAUGGUGACAGAGCUGCAACGUCAGUUGGACGCUGUAGAGGAAGAAACAGCAGUCACACCAGUGCAAUCGCCGAAGGCACCACCAAGACAACGGCAUAAUCCAUUUAACAGACCAGACUCUCAUCAUCGUUCCCAGAGCGUCAGAUCAGCGCCUGCCAGGACAGAGAAUGUAGCUAGAACUAGAAUAACUUUCCGUGAGCUCCAUACAGCAUACGGCAGACGAAUCUUGACGGAUCUGAAUGCAUGGAGACACGCGAAGAAGACUACCGAAGCGCCUCUAAUAACUCUGUAGCUUUGUACAUAGUUUGUAAAUACUUGAACAAUUUUAAUGCUAAUGCAAUCCAUUAGCAGGGUUCAACAAGAUAGCUUGUAUCACUCGGACUUUUUAUAGUCAGCACAAAGUAAUUUUAUAUAUGUAUAUAUGUAAAGAGAUAAAAUUAAUUUAUUUAGUUGAAGAUAGAUUUUGCGAAGCAUAAUUUUUGUGAUUUUAGACUGUAAGUUUUUAAUUCUUUAUAUUUUAAACUAUAGGUUCAAUUUCAAUAUAAUUGCCAUAAUGAGAUUACUUUUACUAACAGUAUAUUAUAAAAAAUACCAGCUACAAAUAACAAU